CAGCCCAUUCGACAAGUCGAAGCUUUUAUAAGGGGAAUUAAAGAAACCCUAGCCAGGGGUUUCUCAUUUCCAGCCGCUGCUUUCCUUCAGUCCACAAGCAGAGACCCGUCAAGGCAACCAACCACCAUGACAAAGAGAACAAAGAAGGCAGGAAUUGUUGGAAAAUAUGGUACCAGGUAUGGUGCCAGUCUGCGUAAGCAGAUAAAAAAGAUGGAGGUUAGUCAGCACAGCAAGUUUUUCUGUGAAUUCUGUGGGAAGUACGCUGUGAAGAGGAAGGCUGUUGGAAUUUGGGGAUGCAAGGACUGUGGGAAAGUCAAAGCUGGUGGUGCCUACACUUUGAACACUGCCAGUGCUGUGACAGUGAGGAGCACAAUUCGCAGGCUGAGGGAGCAAACUGAGAGCUAAGCUGCUGUUGAGAACCUACUCUAUUGUCUUUAGGGUGUUUGUAUUGUUGUUUUAGAUACAGACUGGUUGGAAAUGUUUUUGAGGAUGUUUGAUCCAUUUGCGUCACGCCUACUCUGGAAUAGUCAUGUUUGCAGGUUAGGCAUUGGGAUUUAUCCCGUUAAGAUUUUUGCGUCAAUAUUAUUAACUUUUUUAUC